AUGCUAAUUCUGGCCGUAUUCCAGUUCUUCCUAUUGACGCUUGUUUGUGCUCAGAAUGGGCCGAUUUUUGAUGGAAAAAGAAGCAACCCUACCCAAAAAGACCUGCCCUUCCUGAAGAAAGCCUCCGAACAAACGAGGAAAGACGUUUUUCAGGUGCUUGGCGAUAGCCAGCUCCCAAUCGAAGAAAAGGAGGACAUCAUUGCCGACAUUGUGGCCAAGGACACCGAGCAGGUCAAGAAAGAUUUCGAGACAUUUCGUAAAGAAGUGCGUCAGAGGCGAGAGAAAAAGGAGAAAGCGUUGCUCAAGUCGCGCAGCCGUAUGAGCGAGCAAGCCGCAAAUGCCGAUCAGUACAUUGAAGGAAUUGUAAAGAAUGAUGAGCUAAACCCGAUGCAAAAGCAGCGGAUGAUCGGUGAUCUGCUUGGCGGCCUAUCUGAUCGUGUCAGGAAUGAGCUGUACAAGGCUAGAGCCGGGCUGAAGAAGCUUGUUCGUCGAGCAUUGAAAGGAUUCCGUCGCAACAAGGGCCCAAACAACAAUGAGGAUAUCGGGGUCGAGGUAAAGCCAAUUAGCUUCUCGGAAGAUGGCGGGAUGAUCCAGUUA